AUGGAUUAUAACGACACCCUCAACAUCUCGGAGACUUACAAGCCCUACUACGAACGCCCGGAGACCUACAUCGUACCGCUGUUGUUCGCACUCAUUUUCGUCAUCGGCGUGGUCGGCAAUGGGACCUUGGUGGCAGUGUUUGUGAGGCAUAAAGCUAUGAGGAAUGUGCCUAAUACAUACAUUCUCUCGCUCGCACUCGCAGACCUGCUCGUGAUCAUCACGUGUGUACCAUUCACCUCCAUCGUGUAUACGGUCGAGUCUUGGCCGUGGGGUGAAUCUGUGUGCAAGAUAUCGGAGGCAGCGAAGGACGUCAGUAUAGGAGUAUCGGUAUUCACAUUAACUGCGCUGUCUGCAGAUCGGUACUUCGCGAUCGUUGAUCCGUUGAGGAAGCUGCAUGCUACUGGUGGAAGCAAGCGAGCCACCCGGCUGACAGUGGCGACAGCAAUCGGGAUUUGGAUAUUAGCAGCUGUACUCGCUACCCCCGCCUAUAUCGGUUCCUACUUGCGAGACUUCGUAGUCAACCCCACUACACAGUUCCACGUGUGCUAUCCCUACCCUCCGGAGUGGGGGGAGUCGUACGCACGAACAAUGGUGUUGAUGCGGUUUCUACUCUACUACUCGCUGCCGCUGGCCGUGAUUGCUCUGUUCUACGUGCUGAUGGCACGGCACUUAGUGCUGAGCACACAGAACAUGCCAGGGGAGAUGCAGGGUACACAGAGACAGAUGCGAGCCAGAAGAAAAGUGGCCCUGACCGUGCUAGCCUUCGUGCUAGUCUUCGCAGCCUGCUUCCUGCCUUCACAUGUAUUCAUGAUGUGGUUCUAUUACUGUCCCACCGCCCAAGAGGACUACAACUCGUGGUGGCACGGGCUUCGCAUCGUGGGCUUCUGCUUCUCUUUCCUGAACAGCUGCGUCAACCCCAUCGCUCUCUACUGCACCAGCGGCAUAUUCAGGAAGCAUUUUAAUAGGUACCUUCUAUGCCGCAGCAGUUCAGCCCACGGACAGCGUGGCUCACUGUCUCUGUCAACUUCGAGACGCCUUCACUCCAGCAGGAAGACCAACAUCAGCAUGGUGCCUCGAACGACAAGUGUGGGACGUGACAGCAGCAUCCGUCUCCUGAACAACGGCUCGAACCUCUGAGGAAGGCAUCGACCGCACUUCGCGGCCAACAACAAUCAAGAGCGGACCAAAGAAAAUUACAAGAAGUGUCUAGUUUUCAAACCGGACAACGUGCCCCCUUUCCCCAGAUGUUGUGAAAGUGAAAACGGACUGAAACAUGCGGAAACUGAUAUAGAUUCAAAAGACAUUAGCACAGAGAGUUUCCUUCUACCGCUAGACAAUUUCGGACGGAGUUAGUUACAAAGAUAAUUUCGGAAAGCCAUAUAAUAAGUGUCCAAGUGAAAAUGCUGUAAAAAAAUC